AUGCACAUACAGAAACAUUUUUCGUUAAUCCCCACUGAAGAUAAAAAUUUAGAAAAUUUAGUAAACGAGCUAGCUGAAUCUAAAAAGAAUAUCAGAGAAAUACAAAAGUUUGGGACAAAAAUAAAAAAAUUUGAUGAAAAUCUAUAUAAAGAUAAUACAAAUAUAAAAGAAAAAGAUGUUAUUCAAACAUCCCAUAAUUUUUUUAAAAAAAAGGACAAAGCAGGUAACUCUGAAGAAAACAUAAAUGGAGUUAAUAGAAAUACCACUUUUAUAAAUAAAGAAUUGAGAGAGAAUAAAAACUUACAUAAUAAACAUAAAAAUAAUAAUAUUUUCUAUAUUGAUAAAGAUUUUAAUGAUGAUAAUCUGUCUUCCUAUAACAGUAAAUUAAAUUUACCUAAUGUUAAAGAAAGUAAAUUGUUUCAAAGAAUUUUUAAAAAUAUUACAGAAGAGAAAAUAAAAAGUAAAAAUAAAAAAAUAGAAAAUAAAAAUCUAAAUAGCAGUAAAAAUAAUCAUUUAAGUGAAUCUAUUAUUGAACUGAAAAAAGUUUUAGAUGAUAAAAAAAAAAUUAUUUCAACUUUAAAAUUUAAAAAUAAAAGUUAUAAUUCUCAAAGUAUAUAUAACACUUCAUUUGAUUCAGAAAAUAGUAGUUUUGAAAACUUUCAUAACUGUAAAGGAAAAAAUUUAGAAAAUGUUUUGAAUUAUAAUUUUAAAAAUAGCAAUGAAAAUAUUGAAAAAAAAAGAGAAAAUAAAGAAAAAGAAGUAGGGGAAAAAAAAGAAGAGAAAAAGAAAGAAAAACAAAAAAAAAAAGAAUCACAGGAAAAAGAAAAAAAAAAGAAAAAAAAAGAAAAAAAAGAUAAUAAAGAAGAAAAAGCAAGUAAUAUCAAUAAUAUUACAAAUGAAUAUUCUAACAUAAUUUCUGAAAAUUAUUCUGUUAAUUGUAAAAAAAAAAAUGCUAGUAAUGUAUGUAUUGAAAAUAAUGAUAAAGAUCAAGAUAAGAAAUAUAAAACUAAAAAUAUGUUAUAUAAAAAUUAUAAAGGGAACAAAAUUAACAAUAAAAAAAAAAAAUUAAUAAUAAAAAGUACGUAUAAAACUAAUAAUAAUAAUACAUCAAAUAAUGAAAAUGAUAUACACUUUAGAGACAACAAAAUAAAUAAUAAAAAAUAUUUUUGUAAUGAUAAUUAUAGUGUAGAAAGUGAAAAAUUUUACUUGAAUAAUGAGAAAAAUUUUGGAAGUUUUAGAAAAAAGAGAAAAAAUAUAGAAAAUUCUCGUCAAAAAUUUUCUGAAAUGCAAGACAUUUCAAAAAUAAAUAAGAAUCACAGAUGCAACAGUUUAAAAGAAAGAAAAUUGCAUUUUAAAAUGCUAAAUGAUUCUGUACAUAGCCUAAGGAGCAACGAUGAUUUUAUUUUUAAAAAUAAGAGCAACUACCAUAAUAAGAAUUUACUAAAUACAGAUAUUUCUUAUAAAAAGAAGAAAGAAAAAAAUUAUUUGGAAAAAAUAAAUUAUAUUAAAAAUCCAUUAAAAGAAAAUUUUUUUUAUAAAUUAAGUAAAUCUCCUUUUAGCAAAUUUCAAAUAUUAGCAUUAAAAAAAAAAAAAAAAAAAAUUAGCUUUCAUUUUUCAAUCUCAAAAAAAUAUAAAAAAAAAAACAUAGAAAAGCAUAUUAACAUAUUUAAAAAAUGUUUAUACAGAAAUAAAGAAGACACAAGAGAUAGGAUUAAUGAAAAAUAUUUUAAUAAUUUUAAAGGCCAGCUUAACAACCAUGCAUCAGAUAUAUGUAUCAGAUUUAGCUUGAAUAAUACAAAGGAUUAUAAUUUAGAAAAAAAUAGCAAAGAUAAUAUUAAAAAUAGUGAUAAUGUGUUAAAGGAAUUCAAAAUAAAUAAUAAUGUUGGAAUCAACUACAGUAAUAAUAAUAAUACAUUGCUUGGAAAUUUGUAUAAAAAAAAUAAAUAUGGAUAUUCUAUGAUUAAUAGUAAUAAAAAUGUUAGCAAAUUAAUUAGAAAUAACUUAAAUAAAAAAUUAAAUAAAAGUGAAUUUGUUGAAAAUUAUAUUAAAAAUGAAGAAAAAGAAAAAAAGAAUUGUGGAAAUAAUAAAAAAUUAAGUGAAGAAAAAGAUAAAAUAGAUAAAUUGUAUAAAGGAAUCAAAUCAGCUUUAAAUUAUUCUCUAAAAAGCUCUGAUGAAAAAAAAAUAUCUAGUAAUUUCUCAAAUGAAAAUAUAAUAAAUUUAAAUAAUUCUAACGGCUAUGAUAUUAAUUCGAAUAAAUCAAUUUCCUUAAAUAAUAAAAUAAAUAAUUAUAUAAAUAAGUCUGACUUUAUAAAUAGAGCGUCUUCUAUUGAAAAAUAUGAGAAUAUAAAAAAAAAUACAAUAUUAGAUAACUGUAACUUGGUAAAAAAUAAUUAUAAAGAGAAAGGAAAAAACAUUAGUGAUAUAUCAGGUACUUAUUCAUCAAAAGAGUUAAUUACAAAAAGAGACGAAGUUUUUUAUAAAAAAGAAUAUAAAAAAAAUACUAAAUAUAUGAGCAGAAAUAAAAAUAAAUUUAAAAAUAGUGAUAAAAAAGAAAUAAUGUGUAAAAAUGAUGAUAACAACAAAUAUAAACAUAAAAAUAAAAAAAAAAUACUUAUGGAAGUAUUAUCUUUUUACAAAAGGUAUAAUUAUAAACUGAAAAUGUUGUUAUUAGAAGAAUAUAACUAUUUAAAAUGUUUAAGGACUAAUAUCAGCAAAAAUACACAAAAAAUUAAGAAAUUCAAAAAUGGAAUAUCUGAUGAUUAUUAUACUAAUGAGGAAUUUGAACAUGAUAAGGAAUAUUUUGAUAAAAUUUUUGAUCCAUUAAGUAAUUAUUUAUCAAAAGAUCAUAAAGUAUGUAAUUUAUAUGAAGAAAAUCGAAAUCAUUUUGUUAAUGGAGAUGAUUUAAAAAAAAAAGAAGAAAAUCUAAUUAAAUUUUAUACUAAUAAUAUAGGUAUUAUAAGUAUCUAUAUUGAAGCAAAAAGAAGAAUAAGAAAAAUUGAAAAAUAUUUAGAGGAAAUUAAAAAAGGUUCCUUAGAAAAAAAAAAUAAUAAUUCGAAAAAAAAACUAACAGAGAAUUCUAAAAAGAAAGAAGAUAAAAAUAUAUAUGAAAAAAAUAUCAUAAAGUUUAGUUAUGAUAAUGUAGACUAUAUAAAAAAAAAUCAUUUUGAAUUAAAUAAAAACAAGAUAGAAAUAAAUAAUAUUGAAAACAUUAAAAGAAAAAAAAAAUUAAAAAAUAAGUUAUAUUUAUGUAAUUCAUUAAAAAUGAAAAACUUUUUAAAUAAAGAAAAAGAAAAAAAAAUUUUCACAAAAAAUAAGUGGAAGAAAGUAAAAAAAAAUAAUAAUUUUAAGUAUAGUUUUUUAAAUGAAAUAUAUUUUAGAAAUAAUUAUAAAUAUUUGGUCAGAAUAAAACCACAUAAAUAUACACCAUUUAAUAGGAAACUUUUAGAAGUAAAAUAUAAAAUUAUUUCUAAUAGAUUAUUUAAUGGAAUUAAAAAAAGUUUUAUAAUUUCAUUUUUUAAUAAUAAAAAAAAAUUAUAUAAAAGAAGUUACUAUAAGAAUUGUAGUGAUUAUAAAAAAUUUAUACUUCCAUUCCAAAACAAAAAAUAUUAUUACAACUUAUUAGGUAUAGGAAAAAAUGAUUUUUUUAAAAAGUUUAAGAAUAUUUCAAAGUUUAUUGAUAAACCAAGUUAUGAAAAUGUUUAUGAAUUAGAGAAAAAAAAUAAUAGUAACAACUUUAAUUUUGUUAAUGAAACAACUAAAAACAAUUAUAAUUUUUGCAAUAGUGGUAUCGAUAAAAAUUGCCCUUAUAAUGUUACAAAAAAUAAUGUAAAACAUAAUACUGGUAAUAAUCAUAAUAAUACUAAUGUUAAGAAUAUUACUAUUCAUGAAGAUAAUUCUUUUAAUAUUGAGGAAAAUAAUAAUAAUAAUGAAAAAAGUUUUAUUAAUAAAGAAAAUGAUAAUUAUACUACAAUUGAUAAAGGUAUGAAUAAUAAAUAUAGCAAUAGUAAUAAUAGUACAAGAGAGGAUACUGACAUUAAUUUAUUUUAUAAAUUAAAUAACAAAUUAAAUGUAGAAAAUAAUGUAGAGAAAGAGAGAACGAAAUAUAUAAAAAAUAAAAUCAAAAAUGAUAAAAUAAAUAACUGUAAUUUAAACUAUAAGCAAAACAAAGAGAGAGAAAAUAAUUGCAUAGGAUAUAAUAUUUUUGUUGAUCAUGAUGCCAAAAUUAUAAGUAAUAGUUUAAAUAAAAUAAGUUAUAAUUUGAAUAAUUCUAAUUUAUUAGAUGAAAGUGAAGUGUAUAAAAAAUUUUAUGAUAAUUCUUUAAGAAAAAAAAACAUAAUCAUUUCACACAAUUCAAUAAACGCGUUUGAAGCUAAAAAUGAUCUUAAAUUAGAAAAUAAUAAUAAUUGUAAGAGAAAUAAUAUUUAUAGAAAAUAUGAAUCAAUGCCAAAUAAUAAUUUACUUAAUUCUUGCAAAAAAAAUAUUUUCAUAUCGUCAAAUAACAAAGACUUGAUCAUAAAUUCAAUUAAUUGUGAGGAAUCUACUGAUCUUUUUAAAUUUUAUAAUAAAAAUAAAAAGGAAAAAGAAAAAAUAGGUAGCUUAAAAUUACCAGAAUUAGAUUUUCAACUUAUAAAUAAAACAAAUAAAUGUAAAAAUGAUAAGAUAGAAAGAAAAGAGUGUUACUUUAAUAAUUGUGAAAAUGUAUAUGAUGGAAAUGAAAAUAAGUGUAAAAAUAUCUAUGAAUUAGAUAGCUCAUAUAACAAAAUUAUUAAUACCCCUUUUAAUAACAAAGAAGUAUUUUGUCAAGAUAAUAAAAAGGAAAUACAAAUGAAUAGUUUUAAAUAUGAAGAACAAAUAGAAGAAAAAGGAAAUGAAGAUAAAUGUAAAAAAAAAAAUUUAUCAAUGAAAAGUUCAAUUGAAAAAAUAGAACAGAAAAAAAACAAUUCGAAGAGUUAUAUGAAGAAAACAAUUUCAGAGGGAAAUAUAAAUGAAUGUAAGGAAAUAUAUGAGGAGAAAUAUGAGAAGAAUAAAGAAGGGAUUUUAUAUGAUGGCAAUAAUGAUAAAAAUAGAAUUUAUGAUCAAAUUUUUAUAAAUAAUUCUAAUAAAAAUUUCACUUUAAAUAAAUUGGUUAAUAAUAUAAAUGAUAAAGCAACACAAAAAGGAUCUGAAGAUAAUUUUCUUUUAAAUAAUAAUGAUUUUAAUAUAGAAAACGUGAACUUAAUAAAGUCUAUAGAACAAGAAAAUAAACUAAAUAAUAAGGAUAAUGAUAUUUAUGACUUAAAUAAAAUUCAAAACAAAAAUAAUUUUGAUUCAUCAUUUUUACGAACAAACUUUACUGAUUUUAAUGAAAAUAUAUAUUUUCCUUCAACUCAAGUAAAUGAUAAGUAUGAAGAAGCUAUAUUUAGAAAUAUAGGACCUUUUGAAAAAGAUACGAAAGGGAAUAUUGCAAAAAAAGAAAUAAGUGAUUCAUAUAAAAAUGAAUCUCAUGAUAUGAGAAAAAGUAAAGAAAAAGUAUUACAAGAUAAUGAAAGAAUAUUUUAUAAUAUAAAUUCUUCUCUUUUAAACACUGAAAACAAUAGAUUAGAAUCUUCUGAAACAAUUAAUUUUAAUGACUGUAAAAUAAAUUUUAAUAAAUUGAAUUUCUUAAAUUUUAUAAAAAACGAAAAUUAUAAUUGCUGUUUUGAUAUUAAUACAUCAGAUAAUAUAAUUAAUAAUACAAAUACAAAUAUGUGUAAUAUUUUUAAGGAUAAAGACAAAAAUAAUUUGUUUAUAAAAAAAAAUGAUAAAUUAAAAAAAAAGGAUUUUGCGUGUAGUGAGCUCAAUAGUUCCAUUAAUUCUUUAAAUGAAAAAAAUGAAAAUUAUUUAAAGUCACUAAAAAAUAAGAGAUAUAAUUUAAAAAAAUUAAAAUCUGAUGAAAAUGAAAAUGAAAAUGAAAAUGAAAAUAUAAAUAUCAGAUUAUUCAACUUUUGCAAUACUUAUUGUGAUAAAGAAAAUUCUAAGCUUAAUGAAAGAGAAUCAAUUAAGAAAAUUUUUAAUUGUAAUGACAAAUAUUAUGAACAAAAUCAUAUAUAUGAUGAUGAAAAUAUUCAACAAAGUUACAAAGAUAAUUUAAGUUAUAUAAGUAGAAAAAAUUUUAAUGAUGAUUAUUAUAGCAGUGAAGAUUUUCUACAAAGCUUUGAACAUUUAGAUGAAAUGAAUACUUCAAUUGAAAAUAAUACUUUCAAAAAAUUAUCUGAUAGUAUUAUUAAUAUAGGAAAAUUAGAUAAAAUUAUAGAAAAACUACGUAAGAUGAAAAUACAUAUAAUGGAUAAUAACAAUUAUAUACAAUGCAUAUAUUGCGGAAAGUAUUUAUUUAAAUUAGAAAAUUAUAGUGGUGAAGAUUUUUUAUCUUUAUCAAAAAACUUAAAUAUGAGAAAAGAAAAUUUUUUGUGCACUAUUUGUAAGUAUAAAAUAAAAAUACUAAAUAAAUAUAAAGAUAAUAUAACAUUAAAAAAUGGUAAUAUAAAAAAAAAAAAUUCUAAAGAACAAACCAAUGAUGGUAAUAUGAAAAUGCAUAAUAAUACAAAAGAUAAAAUAAAAUAUUUUGAAAAUAAUUUUGAUUUAGAUAAUUUUAAUUGUUUCUCCAUUAACUUACGUAGCAGAAAUAAAUUACAGUGUGAUUAUAUUCAAAAUAUAAUGUUUAAUAAAAAUAUGCAUAAUAACAAAAAAGAAUUCAAUUUUUUUCAAUAUAAUGAUUCAUCUUACAAGGAUAACAGUUGUAAUGACUUAGGUUAUAUUUCGGAUUAUGAUACUGAAGAAAAGAAAUUUUUAUUUUCUAAUCAAAAUUCAUUUGAGAAUAAAAAAUUAAAAAGUUUUGGUAAUUGUAGUACAUCUCCAAGUUUAAUAAAUUUUGGAGAAAAAUACUCUACUAGUAAUUAUAUUCCUAAUAAAGGUAUCAUUUUUAAUAAUGAAGUUACAUUUAACAAUGUUGAAAACAAAGAAAAAAGUGAUAUUAUUAAUUACCAUUAUCCUUAUAAUGUUAAGAACUUUGUUUUUAAUAAUAAAAGCUGUGAUUAUUAUAAUAAAAAAUGGGAUUACUUAAAUUUAGAAAACGAAAUAAAUUUUAAAAAUAAAUCGUAUAGUAGCGAAAAUUUUACAUUUAACAAUAAAUCUAAAUAUAAUUUUAAAAAAAUGAGUAAAAACUUUUCUCUUAAUGUUAACCUAUUAAACAAAAAAAAAGCAAAAAAUGAUUUAUUAAAAUACAAUGAUAAUGAUCACAUAUAUUAUAAUAGUAAUUACAUGAACUGUACUAAUAAUAGUGAUUAUAACUAUGAGAAAAAUUCUAAUAGAAAUGACAGUGAUGAAUGCUAUAAAAAUUUAAGCAAAACAUAUGGAACGAACAUUGGAGUAAUGAACACAAAAUAUCCAAAUAAUAAUACAUUAGAGGGUGAGAUAGAAAAAAAUAAAAUAAAAGAGAGUGAUCAAAUAAGCAUUACACAUAAAACAAAAUUUGAAAAUAAACAAGAUAAAGAAUUUGAAAAAGAUGAAAAAAUUAUUAUAAAAAAGAAAGAAUUAGACAAUGAAAUAGAAGAUAAAAAAAAAAUAGAAUUAGAAAAGGAAAAGGAAAUGAUAUAUGAAGUGAUGAGAAAGGAAAAUGAAAAAAGAUUAAACAUAAAUAAUAAUUUGUUCAAACAAUAUUGCAGUAAUUUUGAUUACUUUAAAGAUAAAGAAUGUAAUAAUGAUUAUGAAAAAAAGGAAAAUCCAUAUGCAUUUAUUCAAAACGACUUUAUUAAUUUUGAAAAUAAAGAAGAAUCCAAUUUAAAUAUAAAAAAUAAUUUUUUAAAAAAAUUAUUAAGUAGGAAUAAUUCAAAUAGUAAGGAAUUUAAUAACUUUUUGUAUAAAAAAAAAAAUAGCUUUUAUGAUUCUUUUUUAAUGAAUAAAGGCAUAAACAUAUCAGAAAAUUCAAUUGACACAAAUAAUUGUUUUAAUAAUGCUUACUUAAAUAAUUUAUUUAUUUCUCAAAGAGAAAAAGAUUCUUUAUAUUAUUGA